GAACUGCAAACAGCUCAAUUGACCAUGGCGUCUCUCAGAACACCUCAGGCAGCUCGCAUGCUGCGGGCGGCCACGUCACGAUUUGUACACUUUGACGGUCUUCGCCACUCGUCUACCUCGAUCAUCAACGCCAGGCGGCCCCAGAACGAGCCCUCGCAGGGUGCUGUUGGACAGAACCAGCCUGACUAUGGCGCUCACAUUGACAAGGCUACAUCCACCUUCACUCCCGUCCCCAAACGCCUUCUCGACGGCUCUGAGCCUGGUGUCGCCCUCCCUGCUGCUGUGCUCUCAGGCGCACCGAUCGAAUUGCAGGCACGCACGGUGCGCAUUUACAAGAAGGCCAAGCCCGCUACGCAGUCGGGCGACUGGCAGUCCAAGAAGUGGCGGAUGGACUGGGACGUGCUGCCCAAGGGCAACCGGUGGGAGAACCCGCUGAUGGGUUGGCAGUCGUCUGGCGACUACAUGCAGGGCACGCACCUCAACUUCAAGAGCAAGGAGGACGCGAUCAAUUUUGCUGAGAAGCAGGGCUAUGAGUACUUCGUGCAGGAGCCCAACGAGAGGAAGUUCACGCCCAAGGCGUAUGCGAACAACUUCUUGUACUCACCGGGCAAGUUGAAGCACAUCAGGACGAAGUAGAGGAGCCCGUUUGAGGGCAUGGUUUGCGGAAAGGUACGGAAGGGGAUAGAGGGAUCAAGAGUGAAAGGCUGUACAUAUAUGAUAAAUGGCAAGGAUCAGAAUUGAAGUCUUUGGAAAUCG